CAAAAUGGCGGUCGCGGUGUCGAUGUUUCGGUGGCUUGAUCUAUUGGAAAAAGAAUUUGAUAAAGCUUUUGUUGACUUAGAUCUCCUUUUAGGCGAGGUAGAUCCAGAUCAAAGUGAGAUAACUUAUGAUGGACGACAAAAAAUGACCCAGCUUUCGUCUGCUUUCGCACAACUCGUUCACAAAGCUCAGACCAUCUUUCAAGGAAAUGCUAAACUUGAGGCUGAAUUGAUUGCACUUCRACAUGACAUCGUAGAAGAACAGGCCACACGAAAAGUAAUGGAGAAGGAGGUCAAUAAUUUAUUGCUACAGUUACAUGCAGUUCAAUUACAGCUACAUGCGUCAGCAGGAACUCAUGCUGAUUCUGAAACAAUUAAAAACAAAUUAGUAAGUAUCCACUGUAAGUAUAACUGUUAUGAAUAUAUCAUUUACAAACUAUACACCAACAUUGGAAAUCCUCCAUUCACAAAGAGUCAUUUAACACACGGUCCUCUGAUUUUGAGGUCGAAUUGUAAUUAAUUAAAAUGAUUGAAAAAAAAUAUUUAUUUUAGAAUACAACAGAUUCAACUUCUUGGUAGAGACAUGAGAGGGAGUGCACACGACAAACUAUGGAAUCAAAUAGAAGCCGAAAUUCAUUUACACCGACAUAAAACUGUCAUACGAGCAUGUCGAGGCCGUAAGGAUCCACAUAAUAAACCACCCAAGCCACCUCUACCUGAUCCAAGUGAGAAUGAGGAUGCCGACUCCUUAAAUAGAAAGCGAAGGGGUAUUGGGGAGCCGAGGACAGUGGUUGUACAUAAGGAAAAAAAUGAAGGGUUAGGGGUAUCGAUAACGGGAGGUAAAGAACAUGGGGUUCCCAUUCUCAUAUCUGAAAUCCAUGAUGGAAUGCCAGCAUCACGGUCUGGGGGGUUAUAUGUAGGAGAUGCUGUCCUUGCCGUCAAUGGAAUUGACCUUCAAGAAGCGAAGCAUAAUGAGGCUGUAAAGAUUCUGUCUAGCGUACAUGGUGAUAUAACCUUGGAAGUCCUUUACGUAGCACCAGAUGAUUCUAGUGAUGAAGAUGAUGAUGAUUGGGAGGAUGAUGACGCUAAGAGAUAUAGCAUGCUUGGUAAAGUAGAAGACCCUGCUACAGAACUGGCCAAUGGGGAUGUGUACAUGACGAACUCUACUGGAGACUCUACUAGAAGCAGACUACUAGACUCCUCUAUCACACUAGAGGCAACGCUACCCUACCUACCUUCCCACCAUCCUGGAGAGACAAAACCAUCUACACAGACAUCCACCGCAGUGAUGUUAUCAUCAAGCACCACCUCACCUACUUCCCCUAGAAAUCACAGUGCAGAGCAAAUUCCUCGGAAUCUAUCAUUACACUCAUCACUCUCUAGUUCUCAGUCGUCGCUUUCUCCAGGAUCAAGUCAAGGAAUUAAUAUUGGGAGUCUGAUGUCAUCAGUAUAUGUACYGCCAGAUCAUUCUAAGGAUGAGGAGGGAGGUGUACUGUUUUCACCAACAUCAUAAUUCUAGUGUUAAAAAUGUAAAAACUCUAGAGCCAAGUGYUUUUCAGUACCUCUCUCUCAGCUCAAGGGCAAGUUGGCAAAAGAGUGCCAGGCAGGGUACCGUUAUUUGACAGUGUUGUCUAUAUCCACCACCUCUCCUCCCCCCACAGAAAUGCAAAGUUAUGCUGCUUUGUACCUCCCUGGUACUCUGGUUUGUUGUUCUUGAGCUUUGGCUGAUAAUUAACAAGAAAGGGGAACUUGUGCAAUACAAAAUAGGCCAAUAAGUAGACAUCAUCAUUCUCCAUAGCACUUGACUCAAAAACCUUGGGGGUGGGGCUAGCUGUUAAUAGAGAGGUUAAGCUUCUCGUUUACAGCAAACGUGAAACGUCAGUUGACCAUUAAAAAAUUCUUUGAAAUUAGUGAAAAGGAAUCACAAAAAUCCCCAAGUAGUAGAUAAACAAAAGAAUACUUGUCUUUAUCAGGAAGGUUUGCAAAAGGUUACRUGAAUUGUAGGGAAACAAUGAAAACGUGGUCACGUUUGCCAUUUGCGGGAAGAAAAAACAGGGUUCUUAAUCUGCCUAAUAUGACAAAUCUUGGACCAAAUUUCUUGACUCAGAGUAGUAGUACUUUGUUUAUAGUAAAAGUAAAAUAACUKGCUAUGAGUCAAGCAUCCAACCCCUUUGGCUCUAGAAUUGAUUGACAGGCCAAUUGCAUCUUUUUACUACCACUACCAGAAUGCUUUACAAACUUUCUUUCUUAUUCAAAUAUGUAUUCCCUGUGACAAUAGUAGGACAAUUGGUGCUAAUGAACUGAAUGAAAGAAAGUGUGCAAGGGAUUCUAGUAGUGGUUGGGUGGUAUAUGAAUGUGCUGAUUAAGACAAAGGUUGCGACAGGUAAAUUGGUGAUAGACUAUUGUCAAUCAAAYAUAUCAUAGAGUAAGUUACCACUGUUUUCACUACUUCGCUCUGGUCAAGACAAACACCAUAACAGGUAAAUCUGCAAUAUACUAGUGUCAAUCAAAUCAUAGAGUAUAUGGCCUUAGCAGAUUCAAUAAUUUUUUAGUGAUUUGGUGAGGUGAUUGCUUAAAACACUGAUAUUUCUGAUAUAAGUAUUUUAUYGCAAUUCAUGUUUUGUCUUCAGUGCUUUCUAUGUUUGUUCUGCAAUCUUUUUCAAAAUUAAUUAAUGAUUUAAGUAUAGAAUGAAGUAGAAUUCCUUGAAGAUUAGAAAAUAUUUUGAUGAAAGUGGAAAUCAUACUAUAAAUGUUCAAGAAUUCUUAAGCACACUUUAAAKAGAUAUAUAUUUGGUCAAAAUAACUCUUAUGGUUAAGAUAAAAUGUUCAAGAAUUCUUAUGCRCACUUCACAAUAUAGAUAUAUAUUUGGUCAAAAUAACACUUAUGUUUAAAAUAAGUGUUCCAUGGAACUUCCAAUUUCCUAGCAACUAGAGCAAGGAAAUGGAAUUUUUCGAGUUGUAUUUACGGUACUAAUAUUGUUAAAAAAAACAAUUUUUGACUAAAAUAUUUGCAUCAAACAAUUGGAAAUAAGAAAAUGGGAACCUCAGGAAAUGGGAUCUCGAGAUUACUCCCGUUAGGGGAAGGGAAGGAAAGGGAAUAAGAAAGACAAUAUUUUUGGAGGUCCAAAAUUUGGCAACGGCUUGAAAAUUGAAAGAAAUAGACACAAAAUACAAUCGACUGUAAAAUUGUAUAUUUACAUUCAUAAUGGAUUUUAUGAGCAAAUUAUUAAAGAUUAAAACUAUGUUGUUUCAA